AUGGAAAAUCUACUACGAAAUAAUACCUUAUCAUCAACUUAUAAUUCAAUAAUUAAUAGUAUACUAUCGUAUAAUAAUGCCUUAAAUAUACUACGACAACCUCAACAUCAAUAUUUACAUCAUCAAUCAACAGCUUCAAUAGGAGAAGAGGAUGUACUUGCAUCAAUAACAUCAGUAUUUUUAUCAUCCUCAACCACAACUUCAACUUUUGCCACAUCAACAUCAACUUCAACACCAACACCAACAGGAUCCUCCAUUUCUCAUAUCCUUUCCCUGUCAAAACUAAUAGCUUCACUAUUUACAACCACCAUUCCUAAUAUAAUCAAAAGAUAUGAACAUGUAAAUCAAUUACAAAAAUUUACAAAUCAUCAAGCAUUUGUUCAAAGAAUUGUUGCAACUUCAUCAUCAUGUGCAUCAAUAGCAUCAGUAUUAAUUGCCAUUUUAUUUUUUAUAAGAAUUGAUCCAAAAAGAUUAGUAUUUCGUCAUCAUUUAAUCUUUUUUUUAUUAAUGUUUGAUUUAUUAAAAGCUGUUAUAUUAUUAAUUUAUCCAACAAGAGUUUUAACUCAUUCAACUUCUUAUUAUAAUAAAAGAUUUUGUCAAGUUGUUGGUUUUUUCACUGCUUUUUCUAUAGAAGGAGCUGAUAUUGCUAUUUUGGCAUUUGCAUUACAUACUUAUUUAUUAAUUUUUAAACCAAAUUUAAAUACUAAAGUACCUGGAACAAAUAGAGUUGAAGGUGGAUUAUAUAAAUUAAGAUUCUUGGUUUAUUCAUUAUCAUUUUUUGUACCAAUAAUAUUUGCAAGUUUAGCUUUUAUUAAUAAUGUUGGUUAUGAUUCAUUAGUUUGUUGGUGUUAUUUACCAAUGAGACCUGUUUGGUUUAGAUUAGUUUUAAGUUGGGUACCAAGAUAUUUUAUAAUUGUUUCGAUAUUUGUUAUAUAUGGAUUAAUUUAUUUUAGAGUUAUUAAAGAAUUUAAAACUUUAGGAGGAGUUUUUACAAAUAUUCAUCAAAGAAAUGCUGGUUAUAUGAAUAAUAAUCAACCUUCAUUUUGGUCUUCAUUUAAAUUUUUUAUUGGUACUAUUAAAGAUCAUUUAUUUCCUCAAAUGAUUUUAUCAAAUAAAUCUAUUAAAACUAUUCAACUGAGGAAUUCUAACACACAACAACAACAACUGGAUUUACAACAACAUCAAAGUCAUCAUUCAAGAAUAGAAGGAAAUUAUAACUCAGAAGAAUAUAAUGAUUCAUUAGAUUUAACUGAUCUGGAUUCAGAAGAUGUAGAUGAUUUAGAAGAAUUAGAAUUAAAAGAUUUUGAAAAUUCAAAUGAUAUGAAUAAUAAUUUACAUUUUCAAAAAAGACAUAAUGUUAUACAUAAACAAAUGAAAAAAAUAUUUGUUUAUCCUUUUGCUUAUUGUUUUUUAUGGUUAUUUCCUUUUAUAUUACAAGCAACUCAAUUUAAUUAUGAAAUUGAUCAUAAACCUAUUUAUUGGUUAAAUGUUUUGGGAGCAUUUUUUCAACCUUUUAAUGGAGUAGUUGAUUCAGCUGUAUUUUUUUAUAGAGAAAAACCAUGGAAAUAUACAAGAUCAAGAGUUAAAGAAAGAGAAAGAAUUGAAAAAGAAGAAUUAGAUAGAAAAUAUGAUCAAAUUAAUAAUUUAUCAAAUACAACAAAUACUUAUUCAACUUUUCAAAAAUCAUCACAACCAAAUAAUGAAAUACCAUCAUAUGAUUUUCAUAAUUCUCAAGAUCAAUCUAAUAUUCAAAAACAAACUAUUAAUCAUAAUAUGCCAAUAAAAUUAGAAAAUCAACCACCUUCAACUGCAACCACUGAUACUAAAUCGUCACCAGGUGCAGCAACUGUUGAAGAUGAAGAUGAUGAAUUAGAUUUCACUCAAUUUUUAAAAUCUUGA